GGCAUGAGGAGCUAGCUGAGCGUCUCGAACGAGGCGGGCUGACGGCAGCACCAUGCAGGCGGCGGCGGCUGCGUCCGUGCCCUUCUUGCUGCUCUGCGCCCUGGGGACCUGCCCCCCGGCGCGCUGCGGUCGGGCAGGAGACGCCUCGUUGACGGAGCUGGAGAGGAGGAACGAAAACCGCUUCCUGGAGCGCCAGAGCAUCGUGCCACUCCGGCUCCUCUACCGCUCGGGCGGUGAAGACGAAACUGGACACGACGCGCUCGACACGCGGGUGCGGGGCCACCCCGGCGGCGGGCAGGUGAGAGGCGCGGUCCAGGGGGGUGGGCCCGGGCGCGGCCUGGCCCACCCUGACCCCACGUUUGCUCUCCGUCGCCCUGGAGAUGCAGUGUCUUCGGUGGAAGGAGCGCAGCCCUAG